AUUGUGACGCAAUCAGCGGGCGUUCGACGGAACGCGUCAGCCGGUUCCAGCGGGCCAGCGGGAGGGACGCCUACCCAGCAGAAAGAGGGGAAGCGAAGGGGAAUGGUGGAGCAGGGAGCAUGGCGCCUGCCGCUGCUGUCGCGCAGCCGCCCGAAAUCCAGUUCGCGCAGAGACUGGCCGCCAACGAGAAGCGGAGCCGGGACCGGGCGGUGAAGAAGCUGCGCGGCUACAUCAGCCUCAGGACCCAGAGCCCGGCGGGUGGCUUCAGCCAAGAAGAAUUAUUAAAAAUAUGGAAAGGACUGUUUUAUUGUAUGUGGAUGCAGGAUAAACCUCUGCUACAGGAGGAACUAGCAAGUACUAUCUCCCAGCUUAUCCAUGUCGUUCAGAAUAUAGAGGCUCAGCACCUCUUCAUUCAGACCUUUUGGCAAACUAUGAACCGUGAAUGGAAUGGGAUAGACAGACUGCGCCUUGAUAAAUAUUACAUGCUAAUCCGCAUGGUUUUGAGGCAGUCCUUCGAGGUACUGAAAAGAAAUGGAUGGGAUGAAAGUUUGAUUGAGCCAUUUCUGCAUCUGCUAAUGAAAGAAGUCAUGCACCCAGAAAGUAAUGCUCCCAAUGGGAUAAAAUUCCAUUUUAUUGACAUCUUUCUGGAAGAACUGGCUAAAGCUGGAGCCAAGGAGCUCACAGCAGACCAGAAUCUCAAGUUUAUUGAACCAUUCUGCAAAAUUGCUGCCAAAUCUAAAGAUCGUCACCUGAUGCAGGCAGUAGCCCGGGGUAUCUUUGAAGCCAUUGUGGAUCAGUCUCCUUUUGCCAUUGAAGAUCUAAUGAAAGAAUUGAAAACAAGCUGCGAUGGUUGUGAUGAGCUGUCUGAGGGAGAUGAAGCUGAAAACAAGGAGCCACUAGUGACCAAAGACAAAGGUUUAUCAAAAAAAUCUGCACUGGGCAUUGAAGAGCAAGAGGACCUUUCUGAAAAUGCUGAUGAAAACAUUGGUCCUGUUCUCCAGUUUAACUACAAAGCUGUUGCUGACAGACUCUUUGAAUUGGCCAGCAGAAAAAAUACACCCGCCUUUAACAGAAAACGUCUAUACAAAUUGGUCAAAAAGUUCCAGGACCUAGCAGAAGGAAUCUUCCCACAAGAUUAUUUCCCUGAAGAUGUUUCUACAGAUGAAGAUGAUGAUACAUUCAGCAGGGGCAGACGAAAGAAAAAAGUUGUCAAAUCCGUGGAGAAAGCCAAGCUGGAAAAAGGGGAAGAGAAGGAUGGAAUAGAGGCAUCAAGUACAGAGGAAGAUGAUGCAUCAGGACUCCAGAAGAAGAGGAAGAGGUGGAAGAAGAGGGACUGUCAAAUUGCAGACUCCAGCACAGCGAAUGGACGAAGUGAAGAGGGGGAACCUGAUGCAGUUGGACCCAAAGAACCCAACAAGGGCAGAGCACCAGAAACUAGUAAAAGAAAAAGAAAAAACAAAUCUCUAGACAAAGAGGCAACUGAGACUGGAAUUGGUGUAACUGGCAGCGGAGGAGAUGGUGACAACUGUGCACAGGGUGCUCGAACUGACGUAAUGCAGACUGAAAGGAGACAACUCAAGAAAAAGAAUACAAAACUGCAGAAGGUUCAUGUAAAACCUGUAUCUCAAAAUGGACCAGCUAAUGCCAGUGCCCUGUGGGAUGGCAGUGACUGUGCCACUGUAACUACUACCAAGAUGGUGAAAAAGAAACAGAAAAUGAGAACUGUCUUACUCAAUGGCUUAUCUGAACAGGCUGCUCUGCAGUCAGAACAGGAAAGCUUGCAGAAUAGCCUUACAGGAGAAGGGGACUCUGAAUCCACACUGCCCCAAAAAGUCAAAUUGAAGAAAAAAACUAAGUUGGGCAGUUUAGAUGGCCUCAGGAUCUCAAACCAGAAACCACCAUCCCUGAAAAAGAAGAGGAAGAUCAAGGAGGUGAUAAACUCUGUUGAAGUGAAGGGAGUUCUUGAGGCUGCAUGCAAGAAAAGCAAAAAGAGUGAGGUUGGUGGCACUCUCACGCCGUUAAAGAAAAAGAAGGCAAAGACAGGAAAUGACUUUGUGAAAUUUGAAAAAACAACUUUACCAAAGCCAGUGUUCUUCAGGAAAGCCAAAGGCAGCCUCUCUUCAACCAGAGCUUCCAUGCAGUUAAACAAGCUGCAGUGUUCCAGCUCCAAAAAAGUCACCUUUGGAUUGAAUAAGAACAUGACUGCAGAAUUUAAAAAGACAGACAAAAGUAUCUUAGUGAGCCCAGAAGGAGCCUCCCGGGUGGCUUUCAACCCUGAACAAAAGCCUCCCCAUGGGGUGCUGAAGUCACCUGGAGCACCCACAGGAGAACCCCAGAUGAAGAAAUCAUUUGUAACACCAGCUAAGAAGAGACCAACCGCUAUGGACUUCUUUUAAGCCAAGUUGGAGUGGCCUACUUUUAUACAUGACAUUUCAGGAAACUAGAACUUUCUCUGGAGGUAUUUUGGACUUCUCUAUUUUUUUAAAUUGCUCUGAACUGUAUAUAAAAGGUUCUGAUUGUGACCUGUGACACUGCUGGUUUUAUCACCUUUUCAGCUGUACCUUGUGAAGUACCUUGUUCCACUUGUUACAGAAAAGAGAUUAAAAUGAGAGUCUGCCCAGGUUUCCAAAAGGUGUGGUCUCUCCCCAUGACAUUCUCAAGACACUUGCUAGUUAAAGAACUUUUAGGGUCAAUACUUCGAGGCUGAUUAAGAAAACUUGCUCUUCAAGCUACUUGACUGUCUUCAGCAGGUCAGGAUGUUAGAGAAAAUGUAGAUGUUUAAACCUACUAGGCAGCUGUCAGUGUAUUUACAGAUUUGCUCCUGAGUCUUGCCUGGUGUGUCAUUCUGAUUACUGGCAUUCUGAUUUAGCCUGUUUCUGCUAAUGAGCUGUUUAAUCAACUUUUGACAGUGAAAACCUAGUGUCUCUGUUUUAAUGGACCACUUCACUUUUAGUAGCCUUACUUAUGGCAGCAAAACUUUUCCAUGGAUUAGAAAUAAAGUAGCUGUUCAGAUGAUCAUUUCAUCCAUAAACCCCUGACGCUGAUUGGCCAAUCAGCUGUUUAUAUGCAAACCACAUGAAUAUCUGUAAAACGAGUGACUUGUACUUCACUAUCACUUGUGGUGGCAGAGUUGGCUCCUCCACAUUCUUCCUUUUACCUACUACAACUGAAAUAAUGCUAUCAUAUUUGAGAAGUCUCUUGUAUUUUAAUGUUCAGUUCUGUCUUCUUUCCCAAAGAGAUUGCAAAAGUUUCGAAACAAUCUUUUUUUCCUCCUCUAUCAAUUGGUGUCACUACAUUUGAGCAGAAGUCAGACUUUCAUUCACUGAGUGAAAUUUAUACUAUAUUAAAGCAAGCUAGAUCAGAGUAGUGCAUCUUUGUUUAGGAUACACAUCUCUCUGAAAAUCUUGAUGUCUUUAAAAACAAGGUAGAGCUUUAUAGCCAAGCAGCUCAUAGCUUUUUCUUUAAGGUAGAACUAGAAGAAUUAUUUCUACAGGAUUUAUUUCUGGUAUGUUUUAUUCUGCAUGGAAUAUUCGAGUAUUCUGUGAUUAUCCCUAUGAUUUGACUUUGUUUUAAUUUUGUUUCUUACUCUUCUAACUUCAGUCAAGAAUGAGAUAAACUUCUGAACAGACCGUUAAUUUAUUCUGACAAAUUGUGUUGUAGAAACUAUUCUAUAAUCUGGUGCAGUAGGUCUUUUCUGAAAGACCUGCCUAUGCAAAAAAGAAUUUGCACCAGACCUCUGUCUUAAAGCACAGUGGAGUGUCAGGUCACAGCUAUUCAUUUAAUUUCCCUCUGUUGCUUCUGGGAAUCCAUAGGCACAGAAAGCCCAUGUUGUUAUCUUGUCAUAUCAAAAUGCAGAUGUUUACUUUAGCCAGUGGAAUAAAUAUGUAAAAUCUGUCUAGAAAGAUAGAUAGUUCCAUAUCUUUUGACCAGUAUUUGGUGCUUGCUGUCCUCUGCCAAAUAGUUCCAAAAGCUACCAGAAUGAAACUGUACCUUCUGAGAAACCAGUUAAUUUACAAGUUCUCCAAAAUGUUUGUAUCAUUGUAAAUUAAUGAUGGUACUCAGUGUUAAAUGGCUCUUGCUGUUACACUAAAUUAAUGCUAGUCCAUGGCUUGUGGUACUGACAUAAGAGCUUUAGAAAAUCAUUUUGUCCUCCUGUUUGAAUGUUACUACUCAGUCAAAAUGAAGGACUGAAUUUCAGUGGGCUGUAUUUUUUGUUAUUGAUCUGGCUGUUCAAUAAAGAACUAAGGGGCAUACAUCUGACAAUAUUAAUAUUUGCUGUUUGGUACAUCAUUAAUUUAUAAAUAUGAGAAAUUCUCAUUAUCGAAGAAAAUGACUUAUUCUGAGAAGACAGUGGUGAGUAGGAGUUAACAAGGACUAAUCAAUAAUAUGUUGUGCUGUUUAUCUUGUACUGUGGGUAAGAAGUCUCUUGUGGAAUAGGCUUAAUAGCAUUUGUAUGUGCAUGGACAUUAAUGCAUUAUGUUUGAGAUUCAGUAUUCCUCCAAGGAUGUAGAUGCAACACAACCAGGGGUUUGAACUUGGUGUAUAUAGAGACACAGGGGAUCAGAAGUUCAAACAAAAUGUCUUUUUUUUUUUUUUUUUCCAUCUUUCUGCAAGCAUCUUUAAAUUAUCUCAUCCCUCUUUACUGGUUCUGGAUCCUGUGACCGAGUGCUUGUCCAAAUGUACUAGCUCCCACAGAUGCUAAAUGGUGUGGAUAAAAAUGGCAGUCACAGUUUAAUGAAUAUUGUAGUGAUAUGUUUGCUCAUUGGGGCUCAUGGAUUUAUGCAUUCUUUGUCUGUCUGUACCAUUAUAUUGGUGGAAUGUCUUGUAAAUAUGCAUGUGUAAUAUGUAUUUCAUUUGCUUCAGUGGUGCCUGGAAUUUCAUUAAGGACAAAUUUUUAAGAAAACCCAAAAAAUUGACAAUGCAAUUGCUAGAUUAAAUUACCCAGAACAUUUCAGUAAUGGAAAUUCCAGUAAACACUGAAGAUAAAUAAAGGAGACAUCAAUGCAACAUCUGGGAUACCCACUGUGCAAACACAAUUGUAGUACAAAGAGAUGGAUUUUUAAAAUAAGUGGGUUCUAAGCAGGUUGAUAUCACUUAAUAAUUUUAUUCCAGAUCUGCAGCUGCCAACCAUAUUCAGAGCUGAAAUAAACAGAAGGGUGGAAUUAAUAUGGUUUAAAAUUAAAAGGACAAUAUUUUGUAAUGGUCUCUCUCUCUCUCUCUCUCUCCCUCCAUUUUUUUUUAAUAAAUCCGGUCAACUUUGUACUUGUGAAACUUUUUUGAUGGUUUGUAAUUCUUUAUAAUUGUAGAUGAACUCAAAAGCACAGAACGAAUCCUCGAGGAAAACCUGUUUAAAAUCGUAUUUAAAAUAUCUGGCUGUAAAAGCUUUUAUUUUUUAUCAAAGCUUAAAGCUUUGUGCACUCCCGUUCCUUUUAUUCUCUUGUUUCCUGAACAUUACUUUUAUUGCAGGCAGGAAAUUGUUUCUUGCACUACUUUGUGUACAUCUUCAACUGCACUGUUAAUAGAAAUAUGGAUUGUUAAACAUUGGAUCUUUUAGUCAAGUCCAAUAAAAUUCAUUUCUGUGGA